GGUUAAUGACGUUACCACACUGCGACCCACUACGAGUGAGAUACUGAGAUGCUGUCAACCGAUUUGAGAAAGAAAGUGAUCUGAGUUUUGACAGGUAUGGCGUCUGAUGAUGAGCUGAGCCUCCUCGUGAUUGUGGUGGAUGUGAAUCCCAUUUGGUGGGGACAGCAGGCACAAAGGGAACCAGAAUUCACGCUGUCAAAAUGCAUGGACGCAGUGAUGGUAAUGAGCAACGCUCAUCUGGUCAUGACCCGAAGCAACAAACUGGCAAUCAUCGCCAGCCACUGUCGGGAAAGUCAUUUUUUAUACCCCAAUAAGCACUGGAAAGCUGGUGAUUUUGCUGGUGAUGAGUCUUCGUGUGGCAGCAGGGAUGGGAAAUACGAACUCCUAACUGUGGGGAAUGAUCUCAUCAGUGAAGAGAUUAAAAACCUCAUGGAAAGAACUGAAGUGAGGGGCCAGCAGACAGAGACGUUGCUGGCUGGAUCACUUGCAAAAGCGCUUUGCUAUAUCCACAGGGUCACAAAGGAGCUAGACGCUGGACAAGAAAUGAAAUCAAGAAUUCUGGUUAUCAAGGCUGCAGAUGAUUCUGCUUUACAGUACAUGAAUUUCAUGAAUGUGAUCUUUGCAGCACAAAAGCAGAGCAUAUUAAUAGAUGCCUGUGUUUUAGACGCUGACUCAGGACUUCUGCAGCAGGCAUGUGACAUAACUGGAGGGUUAUAUCUGAAAGUACCACAGAAGAUAGCUCUGGCACAGUAUUUACUGUGGGUUUUUCUCCCUGAUUCUGAUCAGAGGUCCCAGCUUGUUCUUCCACCUCCAGUGCAUGUAGACUACAGGGCAGCUUGUUUCUGCCAUCGAAACCUCAUUGAGAUCGGAUACGUGUGUUCAGUCUGCUUAUCAAUAUUCUGCAACUUCAGCCCCAUCUGCACAACGUGCGAGACUGCCUUCAAGAUUGCAUUGCCACAUGCAAUGAAAGCAAAAAAAAAGAAACUCAAACCAACUACCUGACCUUCAACCGGAAACUGCUCUGAACAUACAGAAAUGAACUAAGGGUGACAUCAUGGCUCGAUGGAAUAUCUGUAUUAUAAGUGGAUAUUGGUUGUUUGCAUUUUUUUUUUCAUUUCUCUUCUUGGUGGUUAUUUUUUGUAAUAAAUAAAAUGAUGU